GUACCCCCAGCCGUACCCGCAUCGUCCACAGCAGAAAGGAGCUUGCCCCCAGCUCCUCUGAACAUUAUCCAGCCCUCGGAGACACCAGUUGAGGAAGAUGACUUUAAACCCCGGCCCAUCAUUCCCAUGCUUUAUGUGGUUCCACGGACCAAAAAGGUGGUGUUUGACAAGGAGCGCAUGUCCUGCCAGCAGGCCUUUGAGCAGUUUGCCAGGCAAAAGAGUCCAAGUUGGCAGGAGCAGGUGGUCCCUAUGGAAAUCCCUGUGAAGGAGGAGGAGAAUGCAGAAGCAGAAAACAGAGAGGUUGCUGCAGAGGUCAGUGAUUUACAGGCUGCUUCUGCUUUUUCAAAAAUGAAGAUGGAGAUAAAAAAGAGCCGUCGUCAUCCACUGGGCAAACCACCAACCCGCUCCCCAUUGUCGGUGGUUAAACAGGAGACCUCGAGUGAUGAGGAAACAUUUCCAUUUUCUGGGGAGGAAGAUAUGAGUGACCCAGAGGCUUUGAAAUCUUUACUUUCCCUCCAGUGGAAGAAUAAAGUACAUAAUUUCCCAGCUGAAAGAAAAUUCAAUGCAGCUGCCGCCCUGAGCGAGCCAUACUGUGCUGUCUGUACCCUUUUCUACCCGUAUAACCAGUCCUUACAGAUGGAUAAAGAAACUGUCCCAGUCUCCGUAGGGGAGACCACCUCUUUCGUCCACCUUUCUAAAUGCGGACAAAAGACCAAGCCUCUGAUCCCAGAGAUGUGCUUUACCUCAAGUGGCGAAAACACAGAGCCCCUUCCUUCAAAUUCAUAUAUUGGAGAGGAUGGAACCAGUCCCUUGAUAUCCUGUGCCAAAUGCUGCCUGCAGGUUCAUGCUAGCUGUUACGGGAUACGUCCAGACUUGGUGAAUGAGAGUUGGUCUUGCUCACGGUGCGCAGCCAACGCAUGGGCAGCGGAAUGUUGCCUGUGUAAUCUCAGGGGAGGAGCUCUUCAGAUGACCACUGAUGGGCGGUGGAUCCAUAUAAUCUGUGCUAUUGCUGUCCCCGAGGCCCGUUUUCUCAAUGUAAUAGAGCGUCAUCCUGUGGAUAUCAGUGCUAUUCCAGAGCAGAGAUGGAAACUGAGAUGUGUGUACUGUCGGAAACGGAUGAAGAAAGUGUCCGGUGCCUGCAUCCAGUGCUCCUACGAGCACUGCUCCACGUCCUUCCACGUGACCUGUGCACACGCAGCCGGCGUGCCCAUGGAGCCGGAUGACUGGCCCUACGUUGUGUCCAUCACUUGCUUCAAGCACAAAGCAGCUAACCAGAAUAUUCAGUUUCGAAGGGAGGUGACCCUUGGACAGACUGUGAUCACAAAGAACCGGAAUGGACUCUACUACAGAUGUAAAGUGAUUGGCACGACCACACAGACUUUCUACGAAGUGAACUUUGACGAUGGUUCAUACAGUGACAACGUUUACCCAGAAAGCAUUAUUAGCAGAGACUGCAUCCAAAUGGGACCCCCUCCAGAGGGUGAGCUGGUUCAACUGCAGUGGACAGAUGGAAUCAUCUAUAAGGCCAAGUUUAUUGCAGCCCAGAUCAGUCAGAUUUACCAGGUCGAGUUUGAAGACGGUUCUCAACUCAUGGUAAAGCGUGGUGAUAUUUAUACCUUGGAGGAAGAGCUUCCCAAGAGAGUGAAGUCUCGCCUGUCCCUCAGCACUGGGGCCCCUCAGGAAGAUGUAUUUUCGGGAGAUGAAGCGAGAGCAGCCAAACGUCCCCGGCUGGGGAAUUCAAGGAAUCCUGAAGAAUAUGGACAAAACCCAGAUUACUUGGCCUUUAUGGAGAGCCUGUUGCAGACACAGUACCAGCCUGGAACUCAGAGCAACAUGUUUUAACCAGGAUUCAUUAAAAAUAUUAAAUUAACCCUUUUCAAGCCUGUGGAAAAAUAAACAGGAAACUGUUGAAUAGAAGACCAGCCUUGUGCAAUAGCCUGCUGUGAAUUUCUUUCGUCUACUCUUGGUUCGAACUGCGAGAAGAUCCUGUCUGGCUGCACGCUACCUCUACUUUGCCAGACGUUGCUGACCAAUAGAGUAGGGAGGUCGGAAAACCUUCAGACAGCAUUUCACGUGGAGACUUUGGAAGAGUUUGUACUAAUAGAUCUUUGUGACUGGCUCCUUUUUUGAGGCUUGGAAAGGGUUAAAAUUUAACAAAAUGACUUUUUAAAAUAUGUCAAACUCUUUUGUCUUUAAAGGUGCUAUUACAUUGACUACUGAAGCAGCCUUUGGAAUUGUGUUUUCUGUACAUAGACGUCACCUUUGUGAAGUUUUCUAUAAAUGAGCAUUAUUAAAAAAAAAAAGCAAACAAAAAUAGGAAAACAAAAGUUUCCACAAAACAUUUUUCUAGAUUAUGGCUUUAAAACAGGAAAAAAACCCCCAAGAACCUCCCCUCUCACCCCCAAAUGAAAUGUGACUAAUAUUACAGCGGGGGGAGAGAACAAGAGCAGAUGUCCUGGAAAGUUCUGGUUCUUUUUUGUAAAGAAACACUAUCUUCUUUGUAAGCUGGGGAAGAUGGGGAAAGAAAUGUUUCAUAGCUGGGAUGUUUCUUACCGGUAGUUUUCCUAAAGACAUGUGAUAGAUGUGUGCAUUUCUGCCAUGUCACCAGGAAGGGACUUAGGGAAGAAAUGGCCGGGUUUUGGUCAUUCUUGUCAUCUUCCUUCCCCAUCUUUGCCAUCACCGUUGCUUUCUAGUU